CGUGCAUGAGCUGGGUACGGUUUCCGUUUUGUUUUCUGAAUAUUCGCCAGGGGGAGAUUUCUGCAGAAGGCACUGCUUCUCAAAACGCUGAACUAGCGCUCAGUGACACGCGUUCUGUGGUGGGACACGUCUGCUGAAUCAAACUGCUGAUUGCUUGAGCAUUCAUUGAUUUCAUCCGCAAGCACUCGUCAUAUCCCACAGCUGUUGAUCACAAAUGGAAGGGCAAGAAGCAAAGCAGUCAACAUCUCCGAUGCAGGAACCAGAGCCACAAUACCCAGUGGAAGAAAAACAAGAGGGGGAGGAACCAGAAUUGCAGAAAGAGAAGCCACAUCUUGAACCAGAACCAAAGAAACAUGAGCAUUUUGAACCGGAGCUGGAAAAACAGCCAAGCCCAGAACCAGAGAAAAUGCUGGAAUCUGAAACUCAGAAACUGCCUGAACUAGAGUUGGUUAAGCAACCUGAACCAGUGAAACAACCGGAAGUUGAGAAGCAGCUGGAACUGGACACUCUAACUCAGAUGAAACCAGAUACUGAGAAUCUGCUAAAGUUUGAGCCUGCACAACAACUAGAAUUGAGCCCCGUAAAGGAGCCAGAGGUGAGCCCUGUGAAGCAGCCAGAGGUGAGCCCCGUAAAGGAGCCAGAGCUGAGCCCCGUGAAGGAACCAGAGCUGAGCCCUGUAAAGGAGCCAGAGGUGAGCCCCGUGAAAGAACCCGAGGUGAGCCCCGUGAAGGAGCCGGAGCUGAGCCCAGUGAAGGAGAUGGAACUGAGCCCUGUGAAGGAGCCGGAGCUGAGCCCCGUGAAGGAGCCGGAGCUGAGCCCCGUGAAGGAGCCGGAGCUGAGCCCCGUGAUGCAGCCAGAGCUGAGCCCGUGAAGCAGCAGAGCUGAGCCCCGUGAAGGAGCCGGAGCUGAGCCCCGUGAAGCAGCCGGAGCUGAGCCCCGUGAAGCAGCCGGAGCUGAGCCCCGUGAAGCAGCCAGAGCUGAGCCCCGUGAAGCAGCCAGAGCUGAGCCCCGUGAAGCAGCCAGAGCUGAGCCCCGUGAAGCAGCCAGAGCUGAGCCCCGUGAAGCAGCCAGAGCUGAGCCCCGUGAAGCAGCCAGAGCUGAGCCCCGUGAAGCAGCCAGAGGUGAGCCCCGUGAAGCAGCCAGAGGUGAGCCCCGUGAAGCAGACAGAACCAGAACCUGACCAACAGCCAGAGCUAGAACAUGCAAAGGAACCAGAAGCUGAGGAGAAGCAUAAAUCAAGUCCUGUGAAGCAACCAGAACCUGAGGAAACAGAGGCACAGAAAAAGCAUGAAGCAGAGGUACCUGCAAAGCAGCCAGAAAUGGAAUCUGGGAAACUGACUGAAACGGAGGCAAAGCAAGAGGCUGAGUCCGGGAAGAAUCCAAAAAUGGAGCUAGAGAAACAGGAAGAGUCUCCUCUUGGGACACAGGAAGAACAAGAGCAGCAGGCUUCUGAAGUGGAAACACCUGCGCCAAUUGUCCCAGGUUCACUUGCCUUUGCCAUCCUGGAGGAUGAGCAUACCAAGACUGCCCUGUGCAGCUCUCAUACGCUGAUAAUCCUCAGGGGCCUGCCUGGCAGUGGCAAGACCCGACUGGCUAAUGCCAUCAGGGAUCACUAUCAGAGCCUCUGCACUAUUGUCUCUGCUGAUGACUACAGUGUCAAACCUGAAAGCUCGUCAGUGGAGCAGCACAAGGCCAUAGAUGAGGCGGUAGUAGCCUCUUGCACCUCUGGAACCGCAGUGGUAGUGGUGGAUGACACUAACCACGCUCAUGGUCGUCUAGCUAGGCUGGUUGAGCUUGCAGAGCAGCACCAGUACUACACCCUCUUCUUGGAACCCCGCACUGAAUGGAGCCAAGAUGUGGAGCAGCUGGUCCAAAAGACCCGUCGUGGACUAGACAAGAACCAGAUUCAGGCCUUGAAGGGCCCACUGGAGGAGGCAUGCCUGCCCCUCUUCUUUGGCUGGUUCCUGUGUCCCACCUUUCAGGACAAGCUGAGAAACAUGGCAAAAGAUUUCUUGAAAAACCUUCAGGGCUUGGAAGAUUUCAAGAAACACCUCAGUGACUUUACUGGUGAAGCCGAGAAAGAGGUGGUUCUGGAGCAGUAUUUUCAAGACAAAGGCAUGCUCCACUGCACCACCAAGUUCUGUGACUACGGGAAAGCAGAGGGCUCCAAGGAGUAUGCGGAGCAGUUGGCUGUGAAGGAUCGCUAUGGCAGCAUGUCUGAGCUGAAGCUGAGUGCGCUCUUCCUCACCCCGCGCACGCUAGGCGCGAGGGUGUCCCUCACUGAGGAGCAGCUGCAGCUGUGGCCUGCCGGCGCGGAGAAGGAGGCCAUGCCUGACGCCGACCUGCCGGCCGGCAGCCGCGCCCACAUCACUCUGGGCUGCGCGGAGGGUGUGGAGCCGCUGCAGACGGGCCUGGACCUCCUGGAGCUGGUGCUUCUGCAGCAGCAGGGCCAGGAGGGCGAGCAGGUGCAGGACCUGGAUCUGGGGCCGCUCGCCUACUACGGCAAGGGCAUGUGGGUGCUGAACCUGCGCGAGUCCAGCCUUGCCCGGGCCUGCUUCUGCAGCUACUACGGCCCGAAGAAGGACGAUGGCAAGAAGGAAGCCGAGAAGAAAAAGAAGUUCAAGUGCAACCUCCAGUAAAGCAGGCAGCAGUAUUGGUUGGGUAGCUCAAACUCUGCUUUUUUGUUUUUGGUGUAGGUCAUGCAUGCUGUUAGAUGUUUUUCCUCCUCUGGUUAGGGCAACUGGGGGAGUUUGUUAGUCGGCCCACAGCCUUGGAAAACCCUGCCCCCCCUCUGCUCAGCAGCACAACCAAAGAGGCCUUGAAACCGGUGUAUGGUUCCACUGUGCUCUAUGUUCAGUCACUGUUGUCAUCAGUUAUACAACUGCUUGAUGGCUGCUUCACUACCCGCCAUACUUCAACACACAAUACCCCCACAUUUAGCGUUCUCAAGUAUUGAGGUGGGGCUAUGUAGUCAGUGGGUGUGGGUUUCUGAGAUUGUUUAUACUCAUUGAAUAAUGAUGUAUUAAGUUUGCACAUACAGAGAAGUUAUCCCCCUCUGAUAAUUGACAUGUUGCAUGCUGGGUAAAUUGCAAAGCUGCCUUAUGAAUUACUCAAAGUGCAUUUUGUGACUGGUUCAUCUCCCGUGGGUUGCAGUUAUGAAUUGAAUGUUAGAGCCGUGUUGUGGUAUUCCUUGUGCGUGUUUAUGGGCAUGGAGGGGAAAGCAAUGUAAUUUUCAUCAUGGGCCAAAGAGAUGCUCUUGGGCGUAUGUCAAUGUGAGUGUUCUUUGUGAUGUCUUAGACUGUGAACUUCAUAGAGAUCCUUCCUGCAAAAUGCUUUGCACAGUGCUGCUGUACACAAAGGGAGAAUACUGAUGAAUGUGCAGUUUGUAGCAUUAGAUUGUUAAGGUAAUUAGUGUACACCAAUUUCUGUGAAUCUUUUUUUUUUUUUUUUUUUUUUUACUGGCUCAUUAUGGCAUUUCCACAUCAUGUGAAAGUAGACAUACUCUAAAUUGCACUUAAUUUUGCUCUUUCUCUCGCUCUGUGGUACUUAACAUUGCUCCUAACACACUACGAUAAUGUCAACUGUUUUAUAACUUGAACUGAUAAUGUAGAGCUGCAGUUAACUAUGCUUAUGUAGUCCUUACAAGAAGGUACUAUAUUUUUGCACUUAUGUAAUUCUUUUUCUUUUUGUACACUAAAUAAAAAAUCUGUUUGGCUCCAAA